AUGAGACACAGAAAAGUGGACAGAGCCAUCCUCGAGCAAAAUGAGCCGCUCGAUUCAGAUGACCAGGAUCUAGUCAUAUCGCUGUUAACUGCUGAAAAUGAUCUUAGUCUCAAACUCUACAAGAAGAUAUUAGCACUUUCUAUAUUGGUGGAGAUCCCACCUCUAGUACUUUUAGCCCGUGGAGUGAGUCAAGCGCCACUGCUGAAAGUGGCAAUGGCAAGUUUGAUCGUUUUACUGAACUUUUUGACUCUUGUAAAUACAAUUUUCGAGGUGGAAUCGGCUUCCAGGUUGUUUCCUCCGCUCGUGAGAAAGUACUUGGGGAAAUUGAUGCAUUUCCGUGGCUUAUGUGGUCUCAAUGUCGUGUUACUUGUUCAGAUGAUAUAUGUUGCAUUUUGGAGAGAGCAAUUGGGGUGGAUGGGUGUCUUCACCGUUGUUCCCAUUGGUAAUUUGGUGACUCUGGUGCUUUUGAAGAACUAG